AUGUCAAUGAUUUAAGAAAUAUCUAAGAAGACUUUUGAGUAGAGGAGGAGUCUUCUAUCAGGUUGCAACAAUGAUAUAGAUCAACUACUUAAUAAUCACAUUAAUUAGUCAGUAGUUAUGGGUAGAUAAUCUACAGUAAACUAGUCAAUAAUGGAAGAACCUAAGAGGAAAUCUUCCUUUACACAGUUAUCAGCAAAAGAAAAGACAAAUUUCUUCAACAAUCUAGUUUAUAGUGAGAUCGCUGCUAAUAAAAGUACAAAUAAAAAUGAAGAGCAAAAAAUGUUUGGGUAUUAGCGGAGAUUCGACAAUGACCCCUAUCUUAAUAAAAGCUAGUCAUCAAGAAAUAAUAAAUCCCCUAAUCUUAACAAUGGAUUUGAAUCUUAGAGUAGAUCAAGGAGUAGGUCAUUCAAAAAAGAGGAAUCAAAAGAAUAGAGGAUGAGUUUAUUUGGAAAUUUCAGACCAGGGCCUUAAGACUAUAGUCCUAAGUUUCAUCUACAAUCAUAAAAUAAAAAAUGA